AUGGCCGACAAGCGGCGGUCCUCGCCCGGCACCACCAUGAGCCUCAAGGCUCACGCCUUCUCCGUGGAGGCUCUCAUCGGGGCCGAGAAGCAGCAGCAGCAGCAGCAGCAGCCGCCGCCGCGGCAACCCAAGCGGCGGAAGCUGGGCGGCGAGGACGAGGCGGCGGAGGACGAAGGGGGCAGCGGCUGCUGCACCAAAAGCUCCCCCGCCGCCGCCGCCGCUGCCGCCGGCAGGACCUGCGGCGACAUGGAGCUGGGCUGCGCCGCCCGCGCCCCCGCCGGCGGCUGCGAGGAGGGCUUCCUGGCGGCCUCCCCACCCGCCUCCCCCGGCGGCUCCCCCAAAGGCUCGAGGCCCGGCUCGCCGCUGCCCACGCCGCAGGCUCCGCGGGUGGAUCUGCAAGGCGCCGAGCUCUGGAAGCGCUUCCACGAGAUCGGCACCGAGAUGAUCAUCACCAAGGCGGGCAGGCGGAUGUUUCCUGCAAUGAGAGUGAAGAUCUCAGGUUUAGACCCACAUCAGCAGUAUUACAUUGCUAUGGAUAUUGUGCCAGUGGAUAACAAAAGAUACAGGUAUGUUUACCAUAGCUCCAAGUGGAUGGUGGCUGGUAAUGCUGAUUCCCCGGUACCGCCUCGUGUUUAUAUUCACCCCGAUUCACCCGCCUCCGGGGAGACGUGGAUGAGACAAGUGAUCAGCUUCGACAAACUGAAGCUUACCAAUAAUGAGCUGGAUGAUCAAGGGCAUAUUAUCCUUCACUCUAUGCAUAAAUACCAACCUCGUGUCCACGUCAUCCGAAAAGACUGUGGAGAUGAUCUGUCCCCUGUCAAGCCUAUCCCUUCAGGAGAAGGGGUGAAAGCCUUCUCCUUCCCAGAGACGGUUUUUACUACUGUCACAGCCUACCAAAAUCAACAGAUAACUCGUCUGAAGAUUGAUAGGAAUCCAUUCGCCAAAGGGUUCAGAGAUUCAGGACGUAACAGAAUGGGUCUGGAAGCUCUGGUAGAGUCUUAUGCCUUCUGGAGACCUUCGCUGAGGACACUUACGUUUGAAGAUAUACCUGGGAUACCCAAACAAGGAAAUGCAGGUUCCUCUACUUUGCUCCAGGGAUCUGGCAGCGGAGUGCCAUCUACCCACCCUCAUCUUUUACCGGGUUCCCCUUGCUCAUCUCCAGCCUUCCACCUCAGUCCCAACACUAGCCAGCUCUGUAGCCUUGCUCCAGCUGACUACACAGCUUGUGCCCGCUCAGGCUUGACCCUGAACAGAUACAGCACUUCUCUGGCUGAAACCUACAACAGGCUCACAAACCAAACGAGUGAGACGUUCGCACCCCCGAGGACUCCCUCCUAUGUCGGUGUGUCAAGUAGCACAACUGUGAAUAUGUCUAUGAGUGGCAAUGACGGGGAUGCAUUCAGCUGCCCGCAGACUGGCUUGUCCAUGCAGAUUUCAGGGAUGUCUCCACAGCUCCAGUACAUCAUGCCGUCCCCAUCCAGCAAUGCCUUCACCACUAAUCAAACCCACCAAGGCUCCUACAACACGUUUAGACUGCACAGUCCCUGUGCUCUCUAUGGAUAUAACUUCUCCACAUCCCCUAAACUGGCUGCCAGUCCUGAGAAAAUCGUUUCUUCCCAAGGAAGUUUCUUGGGGUCCUCGCCAAGUGGGACCAUGACGGAUCGGCAGAUGUUGCCCCCCGUGGAAGGAGUGCACUUACUUAGCAGUGGGGGGCAGCAGAAUUUCUUUGACUCUAGGACCCUAGGAAGCUUAACACUCUCAUCUUCUCAAGUGUCUGCACAUAUGGUUUGAUGAAGCCUCUCAGUAAAAGUACAGUAUGUUUGGUGUCUACAAUGUAUUUCUUUUGGGAUACGUGAGGGACACUCGCUGUAGCUGGGGAAGUGUGUGUAUAUAUAAUAUGAGAGGAAGUU